GCCGACCCGAGCCGAGCCGACCCGACCCGCCAUGGCCCCGCCGCCCCGCGCCUACAGCCCGGCCGAGCUGCGGCAGCGCUGCGCCCAGGGCGCCUGCCUGGUGCUGCGGGGCCGCCGCCUCUACGACCUCAGCGGCUUCGUGCGGCUGCACCCGGGCGGCGAGCAGCUGCUGCGGGAGCGGGCGGGCGGGGACGUGAGCGCCGCGCUGGAGGGGCCGCCGCACCGGCACUCCCGCAACGCGCGCCGCUGGCUGGAGCAGUACUACCUGGGCGAGCUGCGCCCGGCGCCCGCCCCGCAGAGCCUUCUCGAGACAGAGAAACCAGUAAAUUCCACAGCUCGAACAAUGAACCAUAGGAUGGAUCCUAGAUGUAAAACAGUAGAUCCAGAUAAGGAUCUCGUGGACUGGUACAAACCAUUGCUCUGGCAGGUGGGCCAUUUGGGGGAGAAAUAUGAUGAGUGGGUGCAUCAGCCUGUGGACCGGCCAAUUCGCUUGUUCCACUCGGAUUUCAUAGAGUCCCUCUCUAAAACAGCAUGGUACAUCGUUAUCAUGGUGUGGAUCCCCGUGGUGCUGUAUCUCAGCUGGUUCUGCUACACAUCUCUUGCGCAGGGAACUACCAGACUCUUCUCGUCAUUCACAACAGAGUAUUCCAUCCCUGUGCACAAGUACUUCUUCCCAUUCAUCUUCGUGCUGGGAAUGUGUCUGUGGUCCUUAGUAGAGUAUCUCAUCCAUCGGUUUCUCUUCCACAUGAAGCCUCCUGCUAGUAACUAUUAUCUCAUCACACUGCAUUUCUUGUUGCACGGCCAGCAUCACAAGUCUCCAUUCGACAGCUCCCGUCUGGUCUUCCCUCCCGUGCCUGCAUCGCUGGUGAUUGGCUUUUUCUACACUCUCUUGCGCCUGCUCCUGCCUGAAGCAGUUGGCAUUUCCAUGUUCGUUGGCGGGCUGUUUGGUUACGUCGUCUACGACAUGACUCAUUACUACCUGCACUAUGGCUCGCCAAAGAAAGGCACCUACCUGUAUGGACUGAAGGCUUAUCAUGUGAAGCACCACUUCGAACACCAAAAAUCAGGCUUUGGCAUCACUAGUAAAUUUUGGGACCGUCCAUUUAAAACACUAAUCCCGGAGGAAACCUUUGAGGAAGAGGAUUAACAUCCAUGGCUCCCCCGCUUGGCAUCUGGCUCCCGUGUCCCUGGUGCAUCACGCUGCCACCUCCCUUUCCACCAGCCGCAGGACGUCGGGAGGGCACCCACCUUUGUAGAACUGAAUGACUGGGAGUAAAAGCCCCUUGACCGCAGAGGGAGAAGACUGCCCUGUGUUGCUGGCUUUUGUCGCUUCAACCUCACGGCACUCUGCCUGGCUCCUGGGAGGUAAAGGCAGGUAUUUGUCCCAAGAGGGAUCUGCACAGCAUUCUCUAAUGAUGCUUGAAAGGUUGUCACACCACUCAGUGUGGAGGAGCAACUUUGUGUUUUUGCAGUGAGUCUGCCAGGAGACAAGUGGCUGCUGUGUAAACGCUCUGGGUUUCUUUUGCUCUGAGCUCGUCAGCAAGGAGGGAGGGAGGAGUGGGGACAAGAACUAACUGCCAAGCCAAGAGGUGCAUCUAAACUAUCCCAGCAACCUGCCUUGUAAACACCAGAGCAGGCUGCAGCCAGGGAGACUUCGGAUCCCAUGAUGCACUGCACUCAACAUCAGACUGUCCUGGCCCAGUGCUGACCUGGCUCUGGUCAAGGGGAAGCAUUGCAUGCUGGGACCUUUAUUCUCUAUGGGCGGCAUCUCCCCAUAACAGGUGGGAAAGGGAAGUCUGGGCCUUAGGGGAAGACUUGGCAGGCAGGCACACGCAGCCCAGCUGUUGGCACUGGAGUGAGGGGAUAGACGCUUCAGCUCUCCAAAUGCCAGGGGCUGGCCCCACCGCUGAGGGCUUGUUAAUUCCAAGUAAAGCAUGACAAUACACUGAGGAGGGGGUGGGGCUGCAGCUUCACUGCCUGCUCUGCAGUCAGGGCCGGUGGGAGGUGUGCUGCCAUUUGUUCCCCAGUGCACUGGCUGUGCAGUCAAAAUCCCGCCUGCCCAGCACACACGUGCAUUGGGUACAAAGCUUUUGGCUUUGGUGCCACAUGGCAAAAUCGUGCCUGCGACACCCUCCCACCUUGGAACCAGCCAGUCUGUCGUCCCCCUGCUCUCCACCGUGUGCCAAAGCACCAGGAGAUCCAGCCUCUUCCUGGGGGGUUGCCUGCCCUCCAGAGGGCAGAGUAUCCCAGCUCGCUGCACUGCCAGUCUGACACAUCUCCUGCAUUGGUGUCCGAGUGGAGAGGGGCCCAUGGCUGGAGGCUCUCUGGACAUGGUGGCCAGCGGGAGAGGAAUUGCAGUAAUGAUACUCCGGCUUCUGCCCCAGCUCAGGUCCCUUCCCUCUGUCUGUCGGGUUUGUUGGGGCAGGGUAGGAUGUUCCUUCUCCCUGCCCCAACUCAAAUCCUUGUAACAGCCAAAGUGAAGGACACUGCCUGUCCAGGCCAGCCCCGCUGGAAGCUAGGAGUCCUUGAGCCCAGGGGAGGAGGAGGGUGCUGCAGUGAAUGGCCGCCCUAGGGCCUGCUGGGAGCAGAACCCCCUCCUUUCCCAUCUGACCUCCCCAACUGGGGGGCCAUGCGCUUUCCUCUGGGGCUCCAGAAUGGCGGUGUCCUUUCUGGCUGGAUGGGGUGUUUGGAAUAUGGAUGCCGGUGACACCAGGAGCCGCUGGGGGCCCCUCUGAACCCGGCUGAGCUCUUGGGCCACCGCACGGCCUGUGGAGCCGGAACUGCCCUUCCAGCUCCGUCCGGGCUGGGCAGCACCUGCUGUCUCUUGCCUCCAUUAGCCCUGCCCUUUCUGCCCAGUGGCUGGCACUGGCAGCUGAGCACAGACACAGAGCGAGUGACCCCUGGGUGGGGGGCUGGGACUCCCCAAUGGGCACUCAGUGCUGUGGCAUGCCUUUGGGCUGUUGGCUCCCUCGUAGAAGAGGAAAGCAGUGGUGCUGUCUUUAACUUUCCUCUCCGCUUUCCCCUUGGCUCUCAGCUCCACGCCUUUACCUGUCCCCUCCGGUAAGGCAGGAAGAGAGGGGUGAGGGAAAUGAGAAGGGGCUUGUACGGCUCGGUCAUUUGGCCAAAAAGCAAGUGAUGGAGCCGGCAGCCUUUGCCUGGGCUCUCCUGGCCCCUGGGUCCUACCCCAAGACGGUUGCUCUGCAUCUGCUGCUCAGCACAGAUCCCUUGUGCUGCUGGCUGGUUCAGAAGCAUCUGGCUUAGUCCCUGCUCUUUGUGGGAGCCAGAUGUUACAGGAGCAGAGGUGCCAUCUGUGUUCUCUGCGAGUGCCACCUCUGCCCAGUCCCGUCCUGGAGACACAUGACAGCGGGCGAGUGUGCAGAGUUCCAGGAGAAGUCUUGCUCCCCUUAGAACUAGCUUAACGUCUGGUGCUGGGGCCAGUGGGCUGGGGGGGGGGCCCUGAGAACUCUGCCUUUCUCACAGUGGGCCAGACUGUCCACAGCUGACUUGCCAAGGUAGGGGAUUCUUAGAUCCCCAGACUUUCCUUCUCCUCCCCCAUGGUGGGCCACUGAUACACGGGUGGAAUCUGCUGCACAGCAUGCCCUGAUAGAUGAAGUGCCAAACAUGCGCCCGCCUCAGGCUUCCUGCCCUCCCUGUUCCUGGGGCUGCUGCAGGCAUGCCCACUCUACUUUUUGCUCCUCCUCGGCUGGCCGUGUUCUCUAACUCUCCCUCUGCCUUGCUGGCCUAGCAGUCUCCUGCUGCUCUCUGGGUCCCCUUGCCAUGUGUCUCCUUCCCAAAUUCGGCACCUUGCUCCACAGCUCGGGGAAAGAGCACCCAGCCGCCAGAGCAUCCAAAGUGCAGCUAGCCGCCUCCAAAGCGUCCUCGCCCCCAGGAGACCGCACUGACUGCUAGACAGUGUUCAUAUGGCAUCCAAUACCCCCCCUCCCCCCAGCUUGGUGGGAGGAAUCCAGGACGUUAAUGUUAAGCAUCAUGCAGUGUUCAUGACCUUGAUGUUAAAUAAGCUCCUAGAGUCUGGAAGCUGCUGCUAAUGUGCUUGCCAAACCUUCAAUUGACUAACCCCUGGUGGGAGCCUCUCUCAUUUUCAUAUGACUGCUCUUGUAUUGCAAACUAGGCUGUGCCCUGGUACUGCUUUCCCCACUCCAAGAUCUGAGGCAUGUAGCACUUGUGACUCUGACCAGAUCACUUCAGAGGGGGCUUUUUUCAAGUCACCCCCACCCCACCAGCUGGGAUCUGGGGGGAUCCCAGCUGGGGCGGGAGGGAGUUGCUCAGGGAGCCCAGCUGAGCCAGCGGUAAAGGUUUUGCAGGUUUGUGUCUUGCCUUCUUCUAACCCAGUGUACAAUAUCUUUUUUGCCAGAUUUAUCCUGUUAAUGUUUUUUGUAGACAUUGGCUACUUGAAACUUAAACUCCAAUGAAUAUAAUUGCUAAGAGGCCUCUUACUUUUGAUGAUCCUAUGACUUGCUUUUCCCUAAUGUCUACUGCUGACAUUUAAAGGUUUGAAAUAAAGUUAUCCAUAAAACUGUAGACAUGACAUAAUUGUAAAUAAACUGUAUAUUUUGAAAAAAAUG